AGAAAAGUUGUGUUUCUUGGAAGAGUCUUUGAUGGGACUACCAAAAGCACGAAACAAGAGUCCGUUGAGAGGAUAUCCCAACUGGUAAAACCAUAUGACGUCCACUCAUUGCGUGUGUUUUUGGGAUUAGCAGGACAUUUCAGACCUUUCAUAAAAGACUUUGCCAUAAAAACAAGAUGCCUCACGCGCCUAACGCAGAAAGCAGUUCCAUUUGUGUGGGAUGAGGAAUGUGAGAGAGUCUACCGUGAUCUGGUGCACAGAAUCUCUGCUGACCCUAUUCUACGCAUACCAGAUUUCACUUUACCCUUUGAACUGAAUACCGACGCCUCACAUUAUGGAACAGGUGCAGUCUUGUACCAGAAAUGUCCAGAAGCAUCCGGCCGAGAAAAGCGACACGUAGUAGGCUACUACAGCUACACCCUCAAGCCACCUGAAGUCAACUACACCACUACUGAAAAGGAAGCGCUUGCAGUCCUUAAAGCAAUUCAGUACUUCCGUACGUACCUAGAAGGUGCGAAGUUUACUUUGUUCACCGAUCACCAGGCCCUCACUCAUCUCUUGAAUAUGACCCAACCUAAGGGACGUAUCGCCAGAUGGGUGAACUAUUUGCAGCAGUUUGAUUUCACCAUCUCCCACAGACCUGGACCCCUUUUGACUGAUGCAGAUGCAUUGUCUAGACUGAUGAUACAGGCCGAACAAUCUGAAGAAAUUAAUGAAGUAAAAUUGUGGGGAGGCACUGAACAAUUGAUGUUUAUGGAAGGUCGCUAUCAAGUCCCGCCAACGCUGAUUUCAAAGGUUCUUUAUUUGUACCACGAUAGCCCAGAAUCUGGAGGACACGACGGAUUUUGGCGCACCUACAACAAGCUAGUCAAGAGAUUUACGUGGCCUCACAUGAAAGAAGACGUCAAGCAAUACGUUCGUUCAUGCCACCUUUGUCAAGUCAACAAAGUGAAAUAUAAGCAGCCUACGGACGCCAUGAUAAUACCUUGCCACUCGAACGUGCCUUUUGAAGUUAUACACCUUGAUUUUGCCGAGCUGAAUAAGAAACGAGAAGGAGUCCGAAAAACGCAAGCUUUUCUUCUGGCCAUAGAUGAAUGCACCAGGAUGGUCGCGGCACGGGCAGGAAAAGAAGAUGCGAAUAGUGUCAUCGCCCUUCUCGAACGGGAAAUGUUUAGGACAACCAGGACGAUUGUAUGUGACAACGGUCCAGCGUUCAAGAGUGAAAAGCUAGCAAGAUGGGCUCGAGACCAUAAUAUAUCAAUCAAAUUCUGUGCGCCAUACCAUCUCGCAGCGAAUGGGCUUGCAGAGCGUGCUAUACGAGAUGUAAAACAAUACAUCAGGAUGUACGAUAGUUUCCCUGGUGGUUGGAAAUGCUCUUUAGAAGCAGCUGUACGACAUCACAAUCGCUCCUACACCAGUGGCUUGGGAUGUAGCCCGCAGUUCGCUUCUUCAGGAGAGACCCCUAUUCUUCAGGCGGACCGUGAAUUGGGGCUGUUAGAAAAUCUCAAGAUCGUCGAGGAGAGGAAACAAAAAUCGCAGGAGGAGAGGUACCGUAAACGAAUGAAACAAAAUUUUGACAAGAGACAUUGCUUAGAUAUCCCAGACAUUCAAGUCACCGACCUCAUUCUAGUUAGGAAAGGAGUAAGAGAAUCCAGUGCCAAAUUUUAUGGUCCUUACUCUGUGACAAAGACAGCCACUCAGAAAGGAAUAUUGAAGACUGUGUGGUACAUUGGUGAACGGGGCGCAGUUGAAUGUGCUUCGAUUGGAAACGUUUUCAAGUAUUACCCCAGGAGGGGUUAGCAAAAGAAACCUGGAAGGGUGAAGCGGUAUGAGCCUUCGAAUAGAAGAUGAAGAAGCGCGAGAACCGGGAGACAGGAGAAGAGAAGAAUAAAGUGGGAAUAAAAAUGUAGACAAGAUGGACGCCAGUUCCACAGCAAUGCUUUACGUCUACUGUGUCCUUUAAAUAGGAACGCUACAAGAAAUAUUGUAAAAGACACGGAACAGGAUUGAAAAAGUGGGUGCGCUUCGCCGGUGAGUGGAUUAGACUCAGGGGAGCACACGCCGGCUGCCGCCUGAUUGUUGCCGUCUCCCUCGAUGUGACACGCCAGUGCUUAGAAGCACCACAACCCGGCAAGACUCGCACGGCGGCUUGAGCAGCAUGGAUAACAAGGCUAAGCCAACCGCAGGAAAGUCGUCCCGCAAGGCAAUGUCUUCGAGAGGCCGUGGCACAGAGGGCAAGGCUGGCGGCGCUGGAGGACUCGGUGCCAAAGCAGGCUCGAACGGCCCAGGCACACGGCCUACCCCAGGACAGAGAAAGAACGUCGCGGAAGACCUCACCCAGCAGGAGACGGCCCCCAAGACCCCUAUUAGCGAAUACCGGGCCGGUGCUUUUAAAAGCACUGCCAGUAACGCUCUGCCGAAGGCCGCGGCUUCGUCGAGCUCCCUCGAACAACCCAACGUCGGCAGUUCUAGCAAGCCGAAGUUGGACGCCGCGAGCACGGGGGUCGCGGUUGUGAACCUGAAGGGUGGUAGUUCUAAGCCUAAGCCCAAGGGCAACGUCGCCAGCCCGAAACCGGACGCCGGUGCCUCCAGAGGAAGGGCCACCGCUGUGAGACCGAAACCCACCAAAGCCGGUGGCAUUGACCCUGACCCCGAGCAAUUGGGUUCACCAACCUCCAGCCCGAGGCCCGUCGUCGCGAAGUCCGCCGUGCCGAACUCGAAGCCAGAGCCCGUCGGACCGCCGCAGGGGACCGUGAAUUUGACCAGCGGCGCGGCAAGUCCGAACAGCCCUGUCGCGAGUGCCAAGGACCGUGGCGUCGUCAGUCCCAGCAAGGGCGUCGCGAGUCCCAGGAAAGGCGUCCCGAGUCCCAGCAAGGGCGUCGCGAGACCAAAGACGACGGGACCGAGCAGUGCCGUUAUUGGUGGGACCAGUCCUCGCACGGCUGGCUCCCUCCCGAACUCGGAGAAGCGCGGCAUGAGCAAGGCGCAUGGUCGCGCGGCUAUCUCGGCCGCUGCCGACGGUGUCGAAGGCGGGAAAAACGACGAGGAGGAGGCCGCCAGCAAGCGCCAUCACGGCAGGCGCACGUCGAGGAUCGUGGCGGCCCUGGCCAAGUUCCGCAAGUCUCUGAAGCCUGAGAAGGAAGGCACCGGCGGCUCUAAAAGAAGCUCGGAGACCACGCUGAGCAGCAAGGACCAGAUGUCUCUGUUCAUGGUGUUGACUGUGACCGUGUUCCUCGUCGUCUUCGUGGCCAUCCUAAUCUUCUUUUUCUUCGUCGGUGGCCCCGGCAUACCCGAGACCAUUGCAUGCAUCACCGAUGAGUGCUCGGACGCCAAGGAGUAUCUGGACAACCUGCUCAACUACACCAGGGACCCGUGCACCGACUUUUACGGCCACGUGUGCGGCUUGUGGCAGAGGAAAGGAGGCAGCUUCUACGGCGACGCAAGGCUGGACGCGCUCUUCAGGCUCAACGCGACGCUCUUUCAAAUGCGGCAUAUCAAGCGCGCUGAGGAUGUACGUCACGGCAUGCACCUCCUGAGACCCAUAUACAGCGCCUGCUACAAGUUCAUGUCAGAGCCAGUGAUACUGGAGGACGCGCUGAGCGAUGCGCUGAAGUACCUCGACAUCGCGCAGCUGAUGAAAGCAGCACAGUUCUUCGAUGUGGUGCGCUACCUCGUCCGACAGUCCAUGCAGAUUGGCAUUUCCACGCUGUUCAACGUCCGGUUGAUCUCCGAGGCUGGCCGCCCUAUGCUGUACAUAACCGAGGGCUACAGUCUGUCGAACAAGCUCGGACAGCCGUUCAACGCGACUCGCGAGACCUUCGAUAGAGUCCUCAAGGCUUGGCUGAACCUCACCAACGCCGAUGCCCACAUACAGCUCCUCGCGGACAUGGACGCCAAAGUUGGGAAAAUCUUCAGUUUGAGGAAGAGUGCGGAGCAGCUAUUGCCGCUGCGCGAUGUGGUGACUGACAUGGUCACUGGAGUCUCGGUCGAAGAGUGGGCGACAUCUGUGCGCGACUCACAGCGCAACAAAAUUGUGUUCGCGCCCACGGACAACAUAAGAACCCACGGCUUGAACGUUUACAAGCCCGCUAUGCAGGUGGUGGUGAAGCAUGGCCUGCGCAAUGCCACCUUUUACCUGGCCACCAUCCUCGAGGCUGACGUGGUUUACGUGCUGUCCAAGCACAGCAAGAUUUCGAAUGACGACGCGAGCAAGGGCUUCUACUGCCUCCGUUUUACCCACAAGUGCCUGGCGCUCACCUGGGCCUACCUGGCCGCACGGCUGCUUGCGCCGGCUGGCAGCACGGGCGUCAUCUACAACAUUCACAAGUUCGCGAAGGAAAUCAUCGAGGAGACGAAUCAAGUGUUCAGUUGGAUGAAUCACACUACUGCUGUCAAGGCCAGGGAAUUGGUAUCCAACACGUCGUUGGACGUGGUCGCGCGCGAAGCCUUCAAGAUCUCGCGCGUCAACUAUGAGGGUCCCUCGCCAGGCCUGGACGAGUCUGACCCAUUCCUGAAGACACUGGUAGUGGCCUUGAGGCACCAUUACACGGUGAUGGCCGCCAACCCACCCACCCGCCUUGAGCUGGCCCUCUCGGAUUUCGAGUUCAAAAACAGCUUGACGUACGUGCGCGACAAAAAGUCCAUCCUUGUGCCGACCCUGUACCAGAACAACCCAUACAUGUACCCGUUCCGGGUGCCGGACUUCUUCAACUACGGCACGCUGGCGGCACUUAUCGCACAAGUACUGGUCACGGAGGUCGUCGGCUCGCUCCAGAGCGCCUGGGACAGCCAAACGCGGGUCAAGCACGCAGAGGUCCUCAGCUGCCUGGCGGAGCGGCGCAGGAGUAUGGGCUUCGGUGAACUGAACUCUGACGGCGACGAGCGACAGAACGCGCUGUUGCUUUCCCUUACAAUGAGCCUCCGGGUCGCCUACUACGCUCUCAUGAAGGCCUUUCGCUUGCAGGCUAAAACGGACAAGGUGUUUGGCGACUACUGGCCCGCGGCGGAGCAGGUGUUCUUCGAUCGCUACUGCCUGCUCUGGUGCAACGCCGCGCAGGACGCCAACCCUCUCACGCCGCGCGAGAAGUGCAUGCUGCCGCUGUACAACAUGGAGGAGUUUGUCGACCACUACGGCUGCAAGGAUCGCGCCAACUUCACCACGGCGCCCUUCUGCAAAGUGUAGCGUGACGCCUCCGCGCCACACUGCAGCCGUACACACUGCAGUACAAUAGACGACGCUACGCUGUCGCUGCGUCACUCUACACCAGACUGCGUAUACUACCAUUGCAUAGCAUGCACUUGCCGGUCUAUAGUUCUUUUGGUCCGGCUGGUCUAUUUCGCAUCACAUUCGGCAACACCAAACACAUUACCUCACACCUCAGUGCAUCACAGGAAACUGCAUUUCAUCUUGUGGCACGUUCGAACCAGACAAUCUCGAUAUUUUUCUUUUUUUUUUGUUAGACGUCUCAGCCGGUUAUUACUUCCUGUUGCUACAGCUAGUACAAACUGUUGGUACAAAUUAGUAUCACUGACGUUUUAGCUCGCAGAUCAUUUUGCCACAAUAUAUUUCUAGUAUUCGUGAUACUUGUAGUGAUACGGGGCCCGACAACGCGUUCAUAGGUGUACGUGAGCUUGAUGCAAAUCGCCACGCGUAUUGAGAAGUGAAAUGUUGCAUCUAUUAAACGUAUGAUGACGCUCUAGGUGAAUUGGUCUGAACUUAACCAAUGCAAUAAGCGUGAGGCACCUUGUCUCUGUCUUCUUUCUACUCGUUCUUCGUCGGUGAUGCAUCCUCUGAACUUUGUUAGGAUGAGCGUGUGCACAUGUUCUCGCCUUUCAACGAUAGGUAGACCAAGACAUCAUUUCACGUAUUCACAAAUGUCCUGCACGCUGCAUAUGUUGAGAGCCAGCAGAUUUGAGCAGCAUGGCAUGGGCAAACAUAAUUUGUUUAGGACACCAGGCUUCCCUUAUUCAGCUACAUUAACAGUGGCUCAGUAGAAUGCAGGCUGCCCAACGUCAUAGCAAAUUGACCGUUGUCAUUUGAGGAGUCGAACAGGCAGCAUGUAGCCGUAGGCUUCUGCGUAGGGACAUUGCGCGCUGAUGUUUUGCUGUCGCCAUUGCUUGUUUCACAGUUUGUUUGUAACGCGAGCUGCACACGCGCGUUUCAAAUAAAUUAUAAUUAAAGACAGAAUGCGCCCAUGCAUUCGGAGCAUGCCCUGAUUAAACUGUACUUCCUUUUGAAA